AUGGGUCAGAGCAAUGGAAAGCCCGUCGUCUUCACCGACCAAGUCAACCUCAACCAUUUCCGCCUGCUGCGCGUGGUCGGCAAGGGAGCCUUUGGCAAGGUCCGCAUCGUCGAGCGGAAGGACACCGGCCUCACCUUUGCUCUCAAGUACAUCAGGAAAGAUGAGAUUGUACGCUCCGAAAGUGUACGCAACAUCAUUCGCGAGCGACGCAUGCUCGAGCACCUCAACCACCCCUUCCUCUGCAACCUGCGAUACAGUUUCCAGGACAUUGAAUACCUGUACAUCGUCGUUGAUUUGAUGAAUGGCGGCGAUCUUCGAUUCCACAUCUCACGGAAGACGUUCACGGAAGACGCCGUGCGGUUCUGGAUAUCCGAGCUCGGCUGCGCUGUGCGAUAUAUACACACACAAGGCAUCGUGCACAGGGAUAUCAAGCCCGACAACGUACUGCUGGACUCUGAAGGCCAUGUGCAUCUCGCUGACUUUAACGUGGCGUCCGAUUUCACGCCUCACAAACCCCUGACAAGUAAAUCCGGUACUCUUGCCUACCUGGCACCGGAGGUCUAUGAAGGCAAGGGCUAUUCGUGUGAAGUGGAUUGGUGGUCUCUGGGCGUAUUAUUCUACGAGUGCAUCUACAACAAGCGACCAUUUGAAGCAAGCAGUCAUGACUCGCUCGCUGCGAAAAUUUCGAAGGGCGAGCCUACCUAUCCCGUUACGAACCCUCCCGUGUCGAUGCCUUGCCUGCAUGCCAUAAGCUCGCUACUGGAAAAGGAUCGCUCGAAGCGCAUUGGCGCUAUCGGAUUUGACACAUUCAUGGACAGUCCAUUCUUCCGUCCGCUCGAUUUCGGAGCUCUGGAGAGAAAGGAAAUUGAGCCAGUCUUCCGUCCGUCAAGUGAUAAGACAAACUUCGAUGCCACUUACGAUUUGGAAGAAUUACUACUAGAGGAAGCGCCUCUGGAAGCCAGAGCUCGAAGACAGAAGCCUCGCGAGGCUUUGAAAGACGACGCGACAGACGCCGAGAUCCGUGCGGAGGAAUUGCACAAGAUGAUUGAAACUCUCUUUGAACCCUUCAACUACACAACGGUCCCAGAUCAGCGUCCCGCUGCCAUUGGGGUCGGAGACCCCGUGGAUCCACUCAAUGUAUCUCGCGUUAGCAACAAUAGCAACAGCGAAAACACUCCCACCUCAUCAACAUCGCAUCAAGACCCAUGGAACCGCCAACAGCAGGAAGGGGAUAGGGAUCUGCGACCUACUCGAUCUAUCAACACUCGCUCGACAACACACUCGCCUAAUGGCAGUCCACCUCUCGCAGCAGCUGCCCUAAGUCAACAGCAAGCUUCCGGUUCGCCGACUUCCCAGCGCGGAGAAAAUGCCGAUUACUUUCCGACCGAUGGACAACCAGUCUCCUAUUCGCGUCCGAUGAACAACCGCCGUGGAGGACCUCAGCGUAGUACCAGCAUGGGCGGCGGCGUACAGGUAGUUCUCAACGAGACCGGCUCGUGGUCCGAUAUGGCUAAUCAGAGCUCUUUGCUCAUACAGAACCCUAAUGCUGAAAGGCCAUCAGGCAUGCUUGGCUUCCUCAGUCGCAAGAAGGGCCGUGAUAGGAGCCCCAAGGCGAAAGAGAGGGGCGUACUUGGAAAAGAAGGCGCACGCGUCAUUAUCAGCAACACUUGA